AUGCCUCCAACAAUGGAUGCCCUGGGGGCGUUCUCCUAUAUGUCCGACAACCUGCCAUCCUGGAUCGGUCGAGUGUCAGAACUAGCCGCCCAUACUGCCGCAAAGCAUAGAGAAUACACAGAAGCUUACAAGAAGUACGCCACCGUGCGACCCCGGCGGCGCAAGAAUAGCUCCGUCUGCUCCAUCCGCACCGAGGAGAUCUGCCCUUCGGCCCUCGACUGCGGUAGCUCGAUUGAAGCGACCCAAGGAACACCCGCUGCUGGACCGCGGCCCCUGACGUCCCAAAUCCGCCUGAUCAACAAUCCCCGCAAGCGCAGUGCUGACGAGGAUUCGUCGCCAGACUCAACGGAGGAGAGCGCUGGGUUUGUCAGCAUCCGGCACAAUGUUGUUAUCCACUACGACGGCCACACGCAGAAGUUGCUGGAGGAGAUGGUACGAAAUAUUGGCACGGCAAGGAACAAUGUGCGACGAGGCAAGAUGUCCCAGAUCUCGCUAGGGGGGGUACGAUCGGGGGCUUUUGGCCGGGAAGCGAGGGUGAAUCGGCCGCCGCCAGUGAUGCCAAGUCAACUGGAGAGUCCUGACGGGGAAUUGCUCGCUGGCAUCCGUAGCGCACGGAACCGAGGUCCCCCGCCCGGCGAGGCCUCUCAACAGCGCGGUCCUUUGAGAGAGACCGCGUUCGAUAUUGCAGAUAAACAGCUCGAAUUGUUGCACAGCCUCUGCGAGACAGCGGCCUACCAAGUGCUACGAUAUGGAGAUUGCUCCACUGAAUUGGCGGCUGUGGUGGAGAAGUUUAGGAUUUUGCUCGAGUUAGCGACCAGGGAGGUGCAACGCCUGAAGCCCGAUGUGCCGCCAGAAACCAACGAAGAGCCGGAGGCGGCUCUCACAGUAUCGACAGGGAAGCCGAAUGCGGACUCUCACAGCGACAAACCUCACGCUUCAGGAAUUGAAGAGAUCGAAGUGGACGAUGCUUCAUCCAUCUCCAUGGAAUCCAUCGAUAUCAAGGCGUUUCGCGCCAACCGGCUCAGAGCAUAG